UGGGCCACCUCGCCCCGGAUUCCGGCGCAGGGGGAUCUGCAGCCCCGCGUGCUGACCCUCUGAGGGGAGCUGGCGCCCACCGGCGGCCGGUGCUCGGGAGGCGCUGCGAUGGAGGGGACGCCGCUGGACCCUCUGCUGGCCAAGGCCGCCGGGGCCGUGGAUGGGGAGGGCGCGCCGCCCGGCGGUCCCGGCGCACAGGCGGCCGCGAUGAGGGUCAACGAGAAAUACUCGACGCUCCCGGCCGAGGACCGCAGCGUCCACAUCAUCAACAUCUGCGCCAUCGAGGACAUCGGCUACCUGCCGUCCGAGGGCACGCUGCUGAACUCGCUGUCCGUGGACCCCGAUGCCGAAUGCAAGUACGGCCUGUACUUCAGAGAUGGCAAGCGCAAGGUGGACUAUAUCCUGGUCUACCAUCACAAGAGGCCCUCGGGCAACAGGCCGCUGGCCAGGAGACUGCAGCACGCAGAUGCCGCCCUGGCCGCACGCCCUGGCAGGCAGGACCAGCCCCUGCCUGGGAAGGGGGGCCCGGUGGGAGCGGGUGAGCCCGAGCCCCCGAUGGAUUACCAUGAGGACGACAAGCGUUUCCGCCGGGAGGAGUACGAGGGGAACCUUCUGGAAGCCGGCCUGGAGCUGGAGCGGGAUGAGGACACUAAAAUUCAUGGGGUUGGCUUCGUAAAAAUCCACGCGCCCUGGAAUGUGCUGUGCAGAGAGGCUGAGUUUUUGAAGCUAAAGAUGCCGACGAAGAAGGUGUAUCACAUUAAUGAGACCCGUGGCCUCCUGAAAAAGAUCAGCUCCGUACUCCAGAAAAUCACGGACCCCAUCCAGCCCAAGGUGGCCGAGCACAGACCCCAGACCACGAAGAGGCUGUCCUACCCCUUCUCCCGGGAGAAGCAGCACCUAUUUGACCUGUCUGACAAGGAUUCCUUUUUCGACAGUAAAACCCGGAGCACAAUAGUCUAUGAGAUUCUGAAAAGAACGACGUGUACCAAAGCCAAGUACAGCAUGGGGCAAGGCGAGGGAAGAAAGAAGGACCCCGCCCUUUUAAGUAAAAGGCGAAAGUGUGAUGAAUACGGCAUCACGAGCCUGCUGGCCAACGGCGUCUACUCGGCCGCCUACCCGCUUCACGAUGGUGACUACGAAGGGGAAAACGUGGAGUUCAACGACAGAAAGCUCCUGUACGAAGAGUGGGCGAGUUACGGGGUCUUCUAUAAGUACCAGCCCAUCGACCUGGUCAGGAAGUAUUUCGGGGAGAAGAUUGGCCUGUACUUUGCCUGGCUGGGCGUGUACACGCAGAUGCUCAUCCCCGCCUCCGUCGUGGGAAUCAUCGUUUUCCUUUAUGGCUGCGCCACCGUCGACGAGAACAUCCCCAGCAUGGAGAUGUGUGACCAGAGACACAACAUCACCAUGUGCCCGCUGUGCGACAAGACCUGCAGCUACUGGAAGAUGAGCUCGGCGUGCGCCACGGCCCGGGCCAGCCACCUUUUCGACAACCCGGCCACCGUCUUCUUCUCGGUCUUCAUGGCCCUGUGGGCCGCCACCUUCAUGGAACACUGGAAGCGGAAACAGAUGCGGCUGAAUUACCGCUGGGACCUCACCGGCUUCGAGGAGGAGGAGGAGGCCGUCAAGGACCAUCCCAGGGCCGAAUAUGAAGCCAGAGUUUUGGAGAAGUCGCUUAGGAAAGAAUCCAAAAGCAAAGAGAAGCGCCGGCAUAUUCCGGAGGAGUCAACAAACAAAUGGAAGCAGAGGGUUAAGACUGCCAUGGCGGGGGUGAAAUUGACAGACAAGGUGAAGCUCACCUGGAGGGACCGCUUCCCAGCCUACUUCACCAACCUGGUUUCCAUUGUCUUCAUGAUUGCCGUGACCUUUGCCAUUGUCCUCGGAGUCAUCAUCUACAGAAUUUCCACGGCCGCUGCCUUAGCCAUGAACUCCUCCCCGUCGGUGAGGUCCAACAUCCGGGUCACGGUCACGGCCACUGCGGUCAUCAUCAACCUGGUGGUCAUUAUCCUCCUGGACGAGGUCUACGGCUGCAUCGCCAGGUGGCUCACCAAGAUUGAGGUUCCAAAGACGGAGAAGAGCUUCGAGGAGAGGCUGAUCUUCAAGGCUUUCCUGCUGAAGUUUGUGAAUUCCUACACCCCCAUCUUUUACGUGGCUUUCUUCAAAGGCCGAUUUGUGGGCCGCCCCGGCGACUACGUGUACAUUUUCCGCUCUUUCCGGAUGGAAGAGUGCGCCCCGGGGGGCUGCCUGAUGGAGCUCUGCAUCCAGCUCAGCAUCAUCAUGCUGGGCAAGCAGCUGAUCCAGAACAACCUGUUUGAGAUCGGCAUCCCGAAAAUGAAGAAGUUGAUCCGCUCGCUGCGGCUGCGGCACCGGAGCCCCCCCGACCACGACGAGUACGUGAAGAGGAAGCAGCGCUACGAGGUGGACUACACCCUGGAGCCCUUCGCGGGCCUGACCCCCGAGUACAUGGAGAUGAUCAUUCAGUUUGGCUUUGUCACCCUGUUCGUCGCCUCCUUUCCCCUGGCCCCGCUGUUCGCCCUGCUGAAUAACAUCAUCGAGAUCCGCCUAGACGCCAAAAAGUUUGUCACCGAGCUCCGCAGGCCGGUGGCCGUCAGAGCCAAGGACAUCGGAAUCUGGUACAACAUCCUCAGAGGCGUCGGGAAGCUGGCCGUCAUCAUCAACGCCUUCGUGAUCUCUUUCACAUCCGACUUCAUCCCCCGCCUGGUGUACCUCUACAUGUACAGUGAGGACGGGACCAUGCACGGCUUCGUCAACCACACCCUCUCCUCCUUCAACGUCAGCGACUUCCAGAACGGCACGGCCCCCAACGACCCCCUGGACCUGGGCUACGAGGUGCAGAUCUGCAGGUACAAAGACUACCGGGAGCCCCCAUGGUCGGAGCAUAAGUACGACAUCUCGAAGGACUUCUGGGCCGUCCUGGCAGCACGGCUGGCCUUCGUCAUCGUCUUCCAGAACCUGGUCAUGUUCAUGAGCGACUUUGUGGACUGGGUCAUCCCAGACAUCCCCAAGGACAUCAGCCAGCAGAUCCACAAGGAGAAGGUGCUGAUGGUGGAGCUGUUCAUGCGGGAGGAGCAGGGCAAGCAGCAGCUGCUGGACACGUGGAUGGAGAAGGAUCGGAAGAAAGAUGAGCCGUGCAACAACCACAACCCCAAAGCCUGCCCGGACAGCGCCGAGUACCCCGGGGGCGCCCUGUAGCGGCCCCCGGCGGCCCCAGCGACGGGCACCCUCUCCCGGGCGGGCGGCUUCUCGCCUCCCCCGGCCCUGGUGGCUCCUGUGUUUGCUGCAAACAGGGAAGACCACAUUCUGAUAGGACAACAUUUUUCUGUCUCUUUUUUCCUCCUUGUUUUUGCACAAAACCAUUAUGCAGGGAAUUUUUUUUAUCUUUAGUCUUCGAGGUUAAUCACGAUUGCAGGGGCAGGGUGAUGACAUGCAGUGAAUGUCGGGGGCUCCGCAGGAACGAUUCUUGGAGACCUCGGGUCUCCCGUGCGGUGGACGGUGAACAGAAGCUUCCAGAAAUCUUCUUCAGUCCCCCCGAUGCCUUAAGAGAGGCGCAGGUGGAUGGGAGUCCAAGGCAUUGGGCGAAAGCUCGGGUGACACCCGAGGGAGACGGAGAAACCGAUAAGGAAUAAAUGAUGUCGGUGCCGGUUCCAAAAGGCGUCACCUGCCUCUGGGUCAGAAAAGCGAGAUGACUUUUCACCCCCUUUUCCUUCUGUCGGUUCAGAAACCGAGACACCCUCGUUGGAAAGAGAGGUGCCCCGGCCCUGUCCACUCAGGGGGCUGGGCGCUUAGCAUUUACUCUCGGAGAAUGAGGGGAUGCAGGUGGCCCUGAAUGUGCAAAUGACCAGCAUCUUUGGGGUCCCCACUGUCAGCUGACCUCGACCUAGUCCUUGUGGGACAAACCCAGGAUGAGAGGAACACAGGCAGCGACAGAGAGCCUCGGAGGCAUUUCUAGAGACGGCAUGAGGGUGUCAAGAAGGCUUCAGGCGCCCGGGGAACACUGAAGCUCUAGGAUAUUUAUUGGGGGUUUUUGGUGAAUCAAUUCUAUGGUGGAUUUGAGGGGGUUUUUUCCUGUAGCUUUAAGGUGGAAGGAGUUUAUUUUCUUAGUUAACCAAAUAUCAUUGAGAGGAAUUUAAAAUACUGUUACUACCAAAGAUGUUUAUUAAUAAAGCUUUCUAUUUUGGUAACACUUAUCUGUAUUUUUACUUACAGGAAUGUUACUGUUGGACAAUUAUUAUUUGCAAAGCUUGUAAAGACCAGUCUCGUAGAUGACAUGAGUAAUCUAAAUUUGCCGCCGUUCUACUAACCGAUUCUCUGAAAUUUCUCAAGCACCAAGGGACACAUAAAAAGAAACGUGUCACCAAAGGGAGGCAAGAGAACGGCGCGUCUGUCUCAGACGUGCGGUUGGCGUGACGCCGACUUUCCCGUAAGCCGCCAACUGUGACUGAAGCCCAGAGGUGUCGUAGAUUUUCCUUAUUUGCUAAAAUCAUGCGAUCUGAUGCUUCUGUUUUCUUUUGUACAGUAAAUAGUUUGAAAUGGAGUUUUUGUAUAUAAAUAUUGUAUUAAAAAUUAGGUGAUUACCAAACA